GCGAUUCACAGCGCCGCGUGCGCCCCGGGCGCGCCGUAGCCGCGGGGCCCGGGCCGGGCGCUACGCUACGGAGGCGGCGUAGGCUAGGCUCCGGACGCGGGCCGUGUCCAGCAGGGUCUGGGCGCUUUGGCGGCUCCUCCACUCAGCGCGGCAGGCCGGCGGGGCAGGGCGGCCAGUGGCAGAAGUUGUAAGUCAGUCGGCAGGGGCGAGCGGGCCGGGGGCCCUUUCGCCCAGGCCGCACGGACGGAGGAGGCGCCGCCGGGUUGCAGAGCCGGCCACCCUGACUCCUGUGUGGGUGCUCACCUCUCUCCAUGCUCUGGCCGCAUGUGACCAGGCCCAGCUCUCGGUGCGGCUGCCGUCACGGGGGCCAUGGGGAACUCCGCUUCCUCGCUGGCCACCGAGACCGAGUCGGAUCACAGCUUCCCCGGGGGGCCGUCCUUCCCAGGGCCCCCGGCAGCAGCCGGCUGUUGUAGGAGCGGCUCCGGGGGACCUGUCUGGGGCAGUGCCCUGGUUACCCGGCAGCACCAAACCCCACGCCCCCAGGCCCAAAGCCACACGCACUCGCCCGGGUCCAUGGCCACGGUGGGAGAGUGGUCCUGCGCGCGCUGCACCUUCCUGAACCCUGCCGGCCAGCGCCAGUGCUCCAUUUGUGAGGCCCCCCGGCACAAGCCUGACCUCGACCAGAUCCUGCGGCUCAGCGUUGAGGAGCAGAAAUGGUCUUGCGCCCGAUGCACAUUCCGGAACUUCCUGGGCAAGGAGGCCUGCGAGGUGUGUGGCUUUGCCCCAGAGCCCGUGCCUGGUACCUCCCUGUUGCCAGUCAUCAACGGGGUCCUAUCCAAGCCGCCCACCAUCCUGGUGGAGCCCAAGGGCAGCUGCAAGGAGGAGACGGGUCCAGUGCAGACAGAAGAACUGGUGACCAUGGAGCCAGCUGCGGGUCGGCCCGAGGAGGAGGGCGGGGCAGCAGAACCUGGGAGUGGCUGGGCCUGCCCUCGCUGCACACUGCACAACACUCCCGUCGCCAGCUCCUGCUCUGCCUGUGGCGGCCCCCGGAAACUCUCGCUGCCCAGGAUUCCUCCUGAGGCCCUAGUGGUCCCUGAAGUUGUGGCCCCCGCCGGCUUCCACAUCACACCUGCCCCACCCCAGCCGGGGGAAGGUGCUGAGGCCGACCCUCCCUCUGCUGCUGACCAGGAGCCGCCCCGGGUGCCACCAUUCAGCCCCUUCUCGCCCACUCUGCAGAACAACCCCGUGCCUCGCAGCCGCCGUGAGGUACCCCCCCAGCUGCAGCCACCGGUGCCUGAGGCCACCCAGCCCUCACCCCCUGCUGGCUUCAAGGGGCCCCCCCAGAGCCCAGGGUGGACUUCGACUGGGGCCUCCCGCUUGGCAGAGCUGCUGUCAGGCAAGCGGCUGAGCGCUCUGGAGGAGGAGGAGGCCGAGGGCAGCUCCGUGCUGCGCCGCUGCAGCUCCUGCUCCGCCCCCGGCCCCUCCAGCCUGUGCGAAGCCUGUGCGGCCGCUCCAGGCAGCGACGUCAUCGACCUGACCGGCGAUGCCGUGCGCUACACGCCCGCCAGCCCUUCCAGCCCCGACUUCACCACGUGGUCGUGCGCCAAGUGCACACUCAAGAACCCCACAGUGGCCCCGAGGUGCACUGCGUGUGGCUGCUCCAAGCUACAUGGCUUCCAGGAGCACAGCGAGCCCCCUGUCCGUUGCCCUGACUGCAGCGCCGACAAGCCCAGCCUCUGCACUGCCCACAAAGCCGGCCGCCUCUUUCCUGAGGCCCCUGAGCGCCCGGGCCAGUGGGCCUGCCCUGCCUGCACCCUGCUCAAUGGGCCGCGGGCUAAGCACUGUGCCGCCUGCCACACGCCUCAGCUCCUGGAGGCCCAGCGCAGGGGUGCCGUGCCCCUGAGGCGCAGGGAGAGCAUGCUGGUGGAGAAGCGGCGGCAGACGGACGAGGGCGAGGCCAAGGCCCUCUGGGAGAACAUCGUGGCCUUCUGCCGGGAGAACAACGUGAACUUCGUGGAUGACAGCUUUCCACCCGGGCCCAAGUCUGUGGGCUUCCCUGCAGGCGACAGUGUCCAGCAGCGCGUGAGACAGUGGCUGCGGCCCCACGAGAUCAACUGCUCUGUCUUCAGGGACCACAGCACCUCCUGGUCCGUGUUCCACACUCUCCGACCCUCGGACAUCCUACAGGGGCUGCUGGGCAACUGCUGGUUCCUGAGUGCUCUAGCUGUGCUGGCUGAGCGGCCUGACCUGGUGGAGCGGGUGAUGGUCACACGCAGCCUGUGCACGGAGGGCGCCUACCAGGUGCGGCUCUGCAAGGAUGGCACGUGGACGACGGUGCUGGUGGAUGACAUGCUGCCCUGCGACGAGGCCGGCUUCCUCCUCUUCUCGCAGGCCCAGCGGAAGCAGCUGUGGGUGGCCCUCAUUGAGAAGGCGCUGGCCAAGCUGCACGGCUCCUACUUUGCCCUCCAGGCAGGGCGCGCCAUCGAAGGCCUGGCUACCCUCACCGGGGCCCCCUGUGAGAGCCUGGCGCUGCAGGUCAGCUCCACUAACCCCCGAGAGGAACCCGUUGACACUGACCUCAUCUGGGCCAAAAUGCUGAGUUCUAAGGAGGCUGGGUUCCUCAUGGGCGCCUCUUGUGGGGGGGGCAACAUGAAGGUGGACGAUGCUGCCUACGAGAGCCUGGGCUUGCGCCCCCGCCACGCCUACUCCAUCCUGGAUGUCCGUGAUGUCCAGGGCUCCAGGCUCCUGCGCCUCCGGAACCCAUGGGGCCGCUUCUCCUGGAAUGGCAGCUGGUCGGAUGAGUGGCCACACUGGCCGGGGCAUCUGCGUGGUGAGCUCAUGCCGCACGGCAGCAGUGAAGGUGUCUUCUGGAUGGAGUACAGCGACUUCAUCAGGUACUUCGACUCCGUGGACAUCUGCAAAGUGCACUCGGACUGGCAUGAGGUGCGGGUGCAGGGCUGCUUCCCCAGCUCGGCCAGUGGGCCCGUCGGAGUGACAGCGCUCACCGUGCUGGAGCGGGCGUCCCUGGAGUUUGCCCUCUUCCAGGAGGGUAGCAGGCGCGCGGACUCGGCUGACAGCCACCUCCUGGACCUGUGCGUCCUGGUUUUCCGAGCCUCCUUCGGCAGCGGUGGCCGCCUGAGCCUGGGCCGCCUGCUGCCCACCCUGCCGGGCCCACCGGCCGCCACACAAGCCUCCAGCCCCUCAGCAGGGGUCCCGCGCUGCUCCCUGGAGCCACCUGGCCAUGUGCUGGCUGUGUACAGCUCAAGGCUGGUCAUGGUGGAGCCCGUGGAGGCCCAGUCAACCACGCUGGCAGACGCCAUCAUCCUGCUCACGGAGAGCCGAGGGGAGCGGCAUGAGGGACGUGAGGGCAUGACCUGCUACUACCUGACACAUGGCUGGGCGGGGCUCAUCGUGGUGGUGGAGAACCGGCACCCCAAGUCCUACCUGCACGUGCAGUGUGACUGCUCCGAUAGCUUCAACGUGGUGUCUACACGCGGCAGCCUGCGCACCCAGGACAGUGUGCCACCCCUGCACAGGCAGGUCCUGGUGAUCCUGUCCCAGCUCGAGGGCAACGCCGGCUUCUCCAUCACCCACCGCCUGGCACACCGCAAGGCAGCCCAGGCCUUCCUCAGCGACUGGACAGCCUCCAGGGGCACCCACAGCCCCCCACUCACGCCCGAGGUUGCUGGCCUGCACAUGCCCCGGCCAUUGUGACUGCCCUGCCCUCGCCUGCCUGCCUCCCACAUGCACUUUAGGAGGGAGACCCCAACAGAAGAUGCUUGAACCAGAAUCUCAGGACCCCACCCAGGGAGCUGCAAGCACAGAGCAAACUUCCCUGGGCCUUCCUUCCUGCCCCUCCCUCCUGUCCUGGGCCUCCCAGCCACCAAGCAGAAUACCUCCAACCCGCUUCUAGCGAGAGGGGACUGUGCACCAGCUCCUCUGACCAGCCUGCCGCGAGGCCGGGUUCAUAUUGCCAGGGCUGAGGUGAGGCUGCCCGUUCCUGUGGGCCUGGGGCCUCCUGCCUGUGUGAGGCAGCCAAGAGCUCCAUUUACAAAACCAAAUCUGGGCAGGUCAGAGGCUGGGACCCCAGGGUGAGCAGGGACCACCCCUUGUGGAGUAAGAGGUUGGGAUCCCAGGGUGAGCAGGAACCACCCCCAUGUGGGAGUCAAAGGCCAGGACUCCAGGGUGAGCAGGGACCACCCUCUUGUGGGGGGUCAGAGGCCAGGACCUGAGUGUGAGCAGGGACCACCCCCUUGUGGAGGUCAGAGGCCAGUACCCCAGUGUGAGCAGGGACCACCCCCUUGUGGGGGUCAGAGGCCAGUACCCCAGUGUGAGCAGGGACCACCCCCCUUGUGGGGGACAGGUUGGGACCCUGAGAUGAGCAGGGACCACCCAUUGUGGGGCAUGAGCCUCCUAUCCCCAGCUUGCUUCAAGAGCCCAUCUUCCCACCCCCUCCCGCCCCACAAGGCAAGCAGGGGUCCCUGGAAUCCCAGCAGUGUAUCCCAGGAGGCAGGUGCCUGGCGACCAUGGGCUCAGGACCAGGGAUGGAGGGUCCUGGCUGCCUGCCCCCUCUGGCGACACUAUGCAAUUCCUGGACCACUAGUCAGGAUCGAAGCCAUGCCCCGGGGGCUGUGGGUCAGGAGCUGCCAUUUGGUGAGGUGGUUUGUCCUCAGCACCACUGACCUCUGCCAGGAAGACCAGGGUCCAAACAGAAAUCCGUGGCCAGCCCUUGUGGGCACACAGGGUAGGUUGUGGCUCUUCCCAGCGCCUCCCCGGCCUCAGAAGCCCAGGUUGCUGGGCUGCCUCCCAGCCAUCCUCCCCCAUGGCUGCUCAGAGUCCUGCACCUGCCUGUGGACUGAGGCCAGCUUCCAGGGGCCCGCCCGGCCUCUGCCCACCGCCCCUCACUUCCCUGGGGCUUGCGGGGGGGUUACAACUGGAGAAACACCAGGAAGCACUGCACUCCCCUUUGGGCCUCCUUUAUAUUUUCUCCUUUUACUCUUGAGCUGUGAAUAUUUUUAACCCUGUACAUACAGCCAGCUCUUCUCACACAGAGACUAUUUUAUCAGCCAUCCCCAGCCCCGUAGGAUGAUUCUCCAUGGUGUUUCCAGACUCAGGCUCUGAUGGACCAAAUGAAAUGUUUUGUUUUAUAA